UUAGUUUGUGUUCGGACUUCGAAGGGCGUGGACGGUGUUCCGUACGCUGGCGCUUGUGGUUGUGUUUUCAAUUUGAUAGGUGCCAGUGUAGGUGCAAUCAGGCAAUGGCCCCUAAAUCCUAAUCAUUUUACCUGCUAGAAAAAUGAAAGGUGUUAAGUGUUACUGAUGUGAAAUCCAGCUGCUGAAGUUAUACUCUUAUUCUCAGCACUUACGUCUUAAAGGGCAUUUUUGAGAAAGCCUUGGGAGAUUGAGACGUCAGUCAAACUGUUCAAGUAUGGCCUGGGGAACUGAACUUUGGGACCAGUUUGACAAUGUUUCCAGUCACACCCUAAAGGGAUUGGAGUUCCUGGAAAAAUAUGGAAGAUUCCAGAAGGACCGCUGUGAUGUGGAAAACCGAUAUGCUGCUGAUCUCAGGGGUCUGGUCAAGAAGUACAUGCCAAAGAAGAAGGACGAGGAGGACGGACAGCGCGGCAGGUUCUCGGUACAGUCGGCCUACCGGCGGCUGCUCGCCGAGGUGGGAGACCUGGCCGGACAGCACGAGGUGGUGGCCGAACAGCUGGCAGACAGCGUAGCCGCCGACAUCAGCGCCGAGGUCAAGACACUCAAGGAGGAGCGCAAACGGAUGCUGCAGGAGGGUAACCGGCUGGUGGUGCAGCUGCAGGCACAGCGGCUCCAGCUCGACAAGUCCAAAAAGAACUACGAAAAGGCCUUCCGCGAGGCGGAAAAGGCGCAGGAAGCGUUCCGGCGGGCCGACGCUGACCUCAACCUGAGCCGGGCCGAGGUCGAGAAACAGAAAAUGGCCGCUAGCAUCAAGGGUCAGCAGAGUGAGGACUGCAAGAACGAGUACGCCAACCAGCUGCAGCGCACCAACGACCUGCAGCACCUGCACUACACGAGCGCCAUGCCGGCGCUGUUCGGCGAACUGCAGGCGCUGGACGAGCGGCGCGCGCGCUGUAUGCAGGCGCACAUGCGACGCGCCGUGGACAUCGAGCGCCACGUGUUCCCCAUCGUCCACACGUGUCUGGACGGCAUAGUGGCCGCCGCCGACGAGAUCGACCCCGACCGGGACUCUCAGCUGGUGAUCGAGCGGUACAAGUCCGGGUUCGAGCCGCCGGAGCCGAUACCGUUCGAGGACCUGUCGGACGGCGGACGGCCGCCCGAGCCGCCGCUGGGCCAGCUGCCGCCGCCGCCGGCCAGCUCGCCCAAACCGCACACCGUCAAAGGCACCCUGUCGGCCAGAAAGUUCGGCAAGCGCGGUGGAAUCUUCGGUAUCUUCGGCGGCAGCAAGAACAACAUGGCCAACGCGUCAUUCGAAUCGUUCGUGAAGGAGGACCUGGACAGCCUGCCGCCCAACCAGCGCCGGAAGCGGAUACAGAACCGGAUGGACGACCUGGCGGCCAAGAUCAGCCAGGAGACGUCCACCAGGGACGGUCUGAUGAAGAUGAAGGGCGUGUACGAGAGUAACCCGGCGCUGGGCGACCCGCUGACGAUCGAGUCCCAGCUGAGAGAGAACACCCAGAACCUCGAGCGGCUGCGACUCGAGCUGCACAAGUUCCAGAGGUUGUUGGACGGCGGCGGCCGGACCAGUCUCAGUGAGCCGGACAGCAACCUCAGCCGCUCGGCUAGCGACUCGUCCAUGGCGCGAUCCGGCGCGGCGGCGCAGGGUCAGUCGGCGCCCUCCACGCCGCCGGCCAGCCACGGGUGCUCCAACAGCCCCGAGUCGGGUCUGGGCACCUCGCACACCUCGCUGCCGGACUCGGAGUCUGACGAGGACCACGCGGACGGCCCGGCGCCGCCGCCGCCGCCGCCGCCCGGUGCCGACGACUCCGAGCAGGCCGAACACGAGGCCGACUUCAGCUACGGCGACGAGCCGGCGCUGCCUGUGCUCGGCCAGGCCAAGGCGCUCUACGCCUUCGACGCGGCCAGCGAGGGCUCGAUCCCGAUGCAGGAGGGCGAGCAGCUGCUGGUCAUUGAGCUGGACCAGGGCGACGGCUGGACGCGCGUCCGGCGUCACGACAGCCUCGAGGAGGGCUUCGUGCCGACGGCCUACCUGCAGGUGCUGCUGCACCCGGCCUGCUGAGGGCGGAGCAGCGCGGCUCGGCGCACACCGAGUCACGGCCUGCUGAGGUCGGGUCAGCGCGCAGCGUGCCUGGGCGGCCGCCCGGCGCGCCGCCGCGAUCAUAUCAGAGCGCUGCGGCCGCCGGCUGUGAUAGGCCGGUCAGGUCAGGUCAGGGGCCGCUGCCGGUCACCACGGCUGCCGGCAGAGUCGGCCGGCCACCGUCCGCGCGGGGCGGCGGCCGGCCCGCGGCAGUGUCCCGGGACCCUGGCAGUCCAUGACACAGCGUGCGGAGAGGACGUUUGUACCGAGUACGACACUGUACCCACACAUGACAAUGACAAGUAUACUGAAUUGUUUAACCAGCCAGCUCGGCGGACCGAGUUUAUACCCUGUCGACUGGGCGGCGCUCGUUGCCGUUUUAUGUUGCGUGACGCCGUGCGUUGCCGCGCUUAGCUUUAAGGUCGCCCUGUGACGCCGGGGAGUUGUGUCUGUUUGUUGUCGGCCGGCCUCGGCGGGCGCUCGGCCGCUGGGGCGUGUUUGUAUGUUUGUCUUCCGACCGGGUCCGCCUUCAGGCUGUGACCGGGGUCCGGUGUGUGACCUGUGUCCUGGGUCCGAUCUGUGACCUGUGACCGGGGUCGGGUCCGUGACCUGUGACCGGGGGUCGGGUCUGUGACCAGACGGUAACAGCCGCUGUUCGGAGUGUGACCAAGACGGUGUGUGGGCGGGUGGUCCGUGCGGCGGUCGCUGGUGUGUAUGCCUCUGUGUGUGUUUGUACGUGUGUGUGUGGAUGCUGCCGGCGCGUGGUUACGUGAUAUUCAUGAACAGUCGCGGUGAGCAGAGCGGCGCCCGACGGGACCACUGUUUUACCGCCAUCACCAUAACUCAAUACAGACGCGAGGACCUUCCCA